GAAUCAACCUGGAUUGUUAUCGCCAACAUUGCCCUUAAGAUAUAUUAGCUAGGACUUCGUUUAGUUAUCUCCUCCCCCAUGGUGCGACAAUGUCAAUAGCGCGAUAGAUCUCAUAUUCUGGUGAUGGCUCUACGAUUGUUGUCGCAGCCGGCGACACGAGGGUUUUCGUCCGCAUACCGUGCUUCGCUGCGAACAAGAAACACGCCGCCGUGGUCCAUACCUCGACAUAUCCGAUGUGCCACUGUACAGGCUGGAGUAAGGAAAUCCGGACAUAUAACCCCCGAUGCAAAUGAAACCCUGAUAUUCUUUGACAAUGUCUAUCCACUCCGGUUUCGGUGGUUGUUGCGAUUUCCGUGGCAAUCAGACAGAAAUCUCCCAAAGUCAGUUGCAAGAGUCGCAGCUCCUGGGGUCCUAUCGUAUGAUCCAUCUCGUCUUAUUGAGAAAUCCAAACUUAAGGAGCAAGGCGUGGAGGUGAAGGAGAUCAUUCCUCGAUUGAAUGAGGGGGCUGCAUUCGUCAAAAUUGCCUAUGGGCCGGAGCAAACUGCGACUGAAAUCGAAGAUGUCCUUGGGAAAUAUCUUAAGGAACAUACUUCCAGCCCUUGGUGGAACCCACUUCGAAGAAUGCGAGCCGACAUUGUGAGAGGGAAACCUUGGGUUGAAGACCUGUUCCGUUUCCCAAGUUCUCGAAUCGAAGUCGAAUUUCUACCAGCAGAAUCAGGAGGAUCCGCAACCGAGAUGUCGCAGGAGCAGCUAUAUGCUCUUUUUCGGCAUUAUGGAAAGUUGACAGACAUUAUGUCGCAGCCGACAGAUUCCAAAAUUGUUCCUAGGUAUGCACUACUUGAUUUCACCUCCAUACGGCGUGCAAUAUCCGCGAAAAACUGCAUGCAUGGAUAUACCGUGUCUGAAGCUGAAGGCGGAGGUAAGGGGGGGACGAGUCUUCGUCUGAGCUAUCAAGAGAAGGAUAAGGGACAUUGGACCCGGGACUGGCUAUUCAGCCAUCCUCGGAUAGUCAUUCCUCUCCUGGUUGCCAUUGCCACGGGAAUCACAGUCGUUAUCUUCGAUCCCAUUCGAACGUUUUUCAUUCGCGCACAUGUCACAAGGAAGUUCCAUAUCGAGGAUAAUUCCAUCUUCACGUGGUUCAAGGCGCAAGCGAUAGAUAUCCUCUCCUUCCAAAGACGGCGGGAGUCGGAUUCGGGCAUGGAAGCCAUUUGGGACGACCGAAGACCGCACAUCGAGCAAAUCCAGACGUGGCUCAUGGAAACCGCCGAUACCUUCAUCAUUGUACAAGGUCCGAGGGGCUCAGGGAAGCGAGAACUUAUCAUCGAUCAAGCACUGAGGGAUCGGAAGAACAAGCUCGUCAUCGAUUGCAAGCCUAUCCAAGAAGCUCAUGGUGACAGUGCCACCAUCCGCGCUGCUGCAGAGCAAGUCAGGUAUCGUCCGAUUUUCUCGUGGAUGAAUAGUAUCAGUGGCAUGGUCGAUCUCGCGGCACAAGGCGCAGCCGGCGUUAAAACCGGAUUUUCGGAGACUCUCGACACCCAGCUUAGCAAGAUCUGGAACAACACCGCUAUUGCGCUCAAGCAGAUAGCGCUUGAAGGGCGGAAGAAAGAUGACAAAGACGCGAACCUUUCGGAUGAUGAGUAUCUAGAUGCACACCCUGAGAAACGCCCGGUUGUUAUCAUCGACAACUUCCUACAUCGGAGCAACGAGAACAACACUGUCUACGACAAGAUGGCUGAGUGGGCUGCCGGUCUCACAGCGGCAAACAUCGCCCACGUCAUCUUCCUUACCAACAACGUCUCUUUCUCCAAAUCCCUAAGCAAGGCUCUACCCGACCGAGUAUUCCGACAAAUAUCUCUCAGCGACUGUUCCCCCGAAGUUGCCAAGCGAUUCGUCAUCAAUCAGUUGAAGAUGUCUGACUCGGAUGAGGUCGCGUCUUCCGAAGGUGUCGAGAAGAAACCCUCUCCUGAAUCGAUGAAACCCCGUGAUCUUUCGGAGCUAGACUCCUGCAUCGACUCUCUCGGAGGUCGAUUGACCGAUCUGGAGUUCCUCGCCCGCCGCAUCCAGGGCGGUGAAACUCCGCGGAACGCCGUUCGCGAAAUCAUCAACCAGAGCGCAUCCGAGAUCUUGAAGAUGUACAUUUUCGGGAUGGAAGAUUCCACACGGCGUUGGACCCCCGAGCAAGCGUGGACGCUCAUCGCAAAGUUAGCGCAACAACCUGAUAUCCGAUACAACGAGCUGUUACUUGACACCAAAUUCUCGAGCGACGGAGAGAGCGUCAUCCACGCGCUUGAGCACGCGGAGCUCAUUACCGUUGUCUCCGCAAAUGGGCGACCGUAUGCCAUCCGACCCGGAAAGCCCGUGUAUCAGCCUGCCUUCAAGCGAUUGACCGACGACAAGGUAUUGAAGAGCCGGCUUGACUUGGCGAUCUUAGCGGACUCGAUCAAGACCGAGACGGCCAACAUCGAAAAAUACGAGAAGGAGUUGACGGUAUUAGGAGAGCUUCCCAAGCAGCCAUCGGAAGUGGGCCCGAGAGUGAAUUGGUUGUUGAAGAAGUUGAAAGCGAGUCAAGUCAAGAUUGAGGCAAUGGAUGCAGAGAGCACCAAGUUGAAGAGAGUCCUCCAGGAGGAGUAUUGAAGGUCAUGAAUCGAUCCUUUGUAGCCCUUCUGUAAUGUAUAUACACAUGUCCACUCUAUGAUACAUGUGAGCGUCCAUCCCGGCUCACCAAAGUUUAAUUUCAAAAUCUCC